AUGUCAGGUCUACUACUGUUACUUCUGCUCGCACCUGUUCUGGCAUUAAAAACAAGUGGCAUGGCACAGGUUAAAACUCACGUCUCUGAACUGAGACCGUCUUAUGAUUACAUCGUCGUCGGCGGAGGAACAUCAGGCCUGACUGUUGCGGAUCGCUUAUCCGAAGAUGGAACGAAAACUGUCUUGGUAGUCGAGUAUGGGUAUCUCGACCACAGCCCGGAUAUCCUUCUUCCAUCACCAGCAAAAAAUGAUCGAAACAUGUCUCGUUUCUACGACUACAUGUCUGUACCACAGACUGAGCUAAACAACAAGACUACCAUUGCCUAUGCGGCAGCAAUCGUUGGAGGUGGAUCUGCCGUUGAUCAUAUGAUGUUCGACAGAGGCUCUGCCGAUGACUAUGAUAAUUGGGAGAAACUUCGAAAUCCUGGAUGGGGUUGGAAAGAGCUGUUACCGUACUUCCAAAAGAGCGUGAAAUUUACCCCACCAACUCGGGAGCAACAGGAGAAAUAUGGCUACACUUAUGAUGAGAGUGCGUAUGGGGGCAACGGACCCAUCCACGCCAGCUAUCCUCCGUUUCAGUGGCCACAGCAAAAGCUUCAAUGGAAUGCAUGGCUCGAUCUCGGUAUCGAAGCCACAACAGAGGGAGCCGGAGGCGAAGCACUCGGCCUCUUUUGGAUUCCAAGCGCCAUGAAUCCCAAAAAUGAAACACGCUCAUACUCUAAGACUGGGCACUACGACCCAUCAUCUCUUCGCGAAAACUACCACCUCUUGACCGGACACCAAACCAGAGAGGUUGUCAUCUUGAAAUCGCGAGCCGAGGGGAUCACGAUCCAUGCCAGAGAUGGCACUGACACAGCACUUACGACUAUCUCCGCUACCAGAGAAGUUAUUCUUGCUGCUGGAGCAUUCGGAAGUCCCACAAUUCUACAGCGCAGUGGAGUCGGUCCUAAAGAUAUCCUUGAAAGCGCAGGAAUCGAAGUCAAGAUGGAUCUUCCUGGUGUUGGUCAAAACUUCCAGGACCAUGCAGCCACCCUCCUGCUUUACACAUAUGCAACCAAUUCUGAGCCAAAUUCUCAGACAAUAACCACCAAUGCAUCGGUCAAGGCGGAGGUGGAAGCGGAGUACUACAAGAAUAAGACUGGUCCUAUGACAGUUGGUUACGGCAACAGUGUUGUCUUUCUUCCACUUCCAACCAUUGACCCGAACUACGAGUCUUUGAUGCGAAAGCUGGCCGCUCAAGAUUCCGCCGCCUUGCUUCCGCCAAGUUAUGAUAAAACUCUCCAUGCAGGCUACGCACUACAGAAAGAACUCCUUCUUGAAUCGCUGGCCUCCAAGAAAUCUGCAAUCCUGGAAGUCUUCUUCAAUGGCGAUCCCACUAUGGUUCUGGUCCUGCAGAAACCGCUCUCUCGUGGCACAGUUUCGAUCAACCCCAGAGCACCCUAUUCUAACCCCAUCAUUGACCCACGCGUCUUCGCCAAUCCAAUUGAUCUUGAAAUGGACAUCUCCAUGGUGAAAUACGUACGAAGGUGGUUUCGGGCACCAAGCCAAGCUUCACUCACUCCUGUGGAAGUAUUACCUGGCAGUGCGGUCCAGAGUGACGAAGAGAUCACUGCUGCUAUCAGGGAACUCUCUGUUCCAACACUCGGUCACGCGCUGGGAACCUGCUCCAUGAUGCCUUUGGAGCUUGGUGGGGUAGUGGGUUCAGACCUUCUUGUGCAUGGGGUUGAGAAGGCUUGA